CCAAUGAGAACUUUUUGCACCCCCAGCAACUCCAGCAUCAUCACUGGCUUCAUCCUCCUGGGCUUUCCCAGCCCCAGGGAGGAGCAGAUGCUCCUCUUUGUGCUCUUCUCUGCUGUCUCCCUCUUCAAACUCCUGGGCAAUGCUUCCAUCAUCUGUGCCAUGCGCUGGUAUCAGAGACUACACACACCUAUGUACAUCCUUCUGGCCAACUUCUCCUUCCUGGAGAUCUGGUAUGUCACCUCCAUGGUCCCCAACUUGUUAGUCAACUUCCUUUCUGACUGCAAGGUCAUCUCCUUCUCUGGCUGCUUCCUCCUGUUCUAUUUCUUCUUUACCUUGAGUUCCACAGAAUGCUUCUUCCUGGCAGUUAUGGCAUUUGCUCUCUACCUUGCCAUAUGCAGGCCUCUGCACUACCCUUCCAUUAUGACACGACGUCUCUGCACCAAUCUUAUAGUCAGCUGCUGGGUACUUGGUUUCCUCUGGUUCCCAGUCCCCAUCACCAUCAUUUCUCAGAUGUCCUUCUGUGGCUUUAGGAUAGAUCAUUUCCUGUGUGACCCAGAUUCUCUGCUAGCCCUUAGCUGUACCAGUGAUCCUGUAGAAGAGUUGGCCAGCUCCACCUUAAUUUCCCUAUUAUUUUGCCUUCUUCUGAAAUCUGAUUGGAAUUAUUCAAGACUACAAAUUUCUUGCAAGUUGAAGUACAACAUGCAUGACGACAAGGUUAUUUGCCAGGUGGAGCAAUAG